GGGCUGCUGCUCCAGGAAGUCACCAUGGCAGGGCUCCAUGAGCUGCGAUUCACCGAGGAGAAGCCACUGCUCAGAGGGCAAGACACUGAGCUGGAGAACUCGGAGGCCUUCCUCUCCGCUGUGGACACAGACUGGAAGGAACAUGACAUAGACACGCCAUAUGGCCUUCUCCACGUGGUGAUUCGAGGCUCUCCUAAGGGAAACCGUCCUGCCAUUCUCACCUACCAUGAUGUGGGGCUCAACCACAAGCUCUGUUUCAACGCCUUCUUCAACUUUGAAGACAUGCAGGAGAUCACCAAGCAUUUUGUGGUGUGCCAUGUGGAUGCCCCCGGGCAGCAGGCGGGGGCAUCGCAGUUCCCUCAAGGGUAUCAGUUCCCCUCGAUGGAGCAGCUGGCAGCCAUGCUCCCCAGCGUGAUCCAGCACUUUGGGUUCAAGUACGUGAUUGGAAUCGGGGUUGGAGCUGGCGCCUACGUCCUGGCCAAGUUUGCCCUCAUCUUCCCUGACCUUGUGGAAGGCCUGGUGCUCAUGAACAUCGACCCCAACGGCAAAGGAUGGAUCGACUGGGCGGCCACCAAGCUCUCGGGCUUAACAAGCACUUUACCUGACACAGUUCUUUCUCACCUCUUCAGCCAGGAGGAGCUGGUGAACAACACGGAGUUGGUGCAAAGCUAUCGGCAGCAGAUCAGCAGCACGGUGAAUCAGUUCAACCUUCAGCUCUUCUGGAACAUGUACAACAGCCGCAGAGAUCUUGACAUCAACAGACCCGGGACAGUCCCCAACGCCAAGACCCUUCGCUGCCCCGUGAUGCUCGUGGUUGGAGACAAUGCUCCUGCAGAGGAUGGGGUGGUUGAGUGUAACUCCAAGCUGGACCCGACCAAUACCACCUUCCUGAAGAUGGCUGACUCCGGUGGACUUCCCCAGGUCACCCAGCCCGGAAAACUGACUGAAGCCUUUAAGUACUUCCUUCAAGGCAUGGGCUACAUUGCGUACUUGAAGGACCGAAGGCUGAGUGGAGGCGCAGUGCCAUCAGCCAGCAUGACCCGUCUGGCCCGGUCUCGUACCGCCUCUCUCACCAGCGCCAGCUCCGUGGACGGCUCCCGCCCCCGGGCCUGCCCCCACUCGGAGAGCAGCGAGGCCCUGGGGCAGAUCAACCACACCAUGGAGGUGUCCUGUUGAGCUCCUUCGUGCCUCCCUGGAGAUACCCCCAACUCCCCUCAUCAAGUCAUCGAAUCACCAACUGCCAUUCCUGUGCACC